AUGGAUGACAAUUAUCGAAUUCGUAUUCGUGAAAUUUUACAUCGAACGAGCAAUCAUAUUACUGAAGCUGAAUAUGUGUUUGACGAAAUUUAUGCCAAUGGUAAAGUGCGUCAAUAUCGUAUUAGUGUCAAGAGAGAAGAAUUUGAACGACUAGCUGCUACAAUUAAGAAGCCGACGUUAUCAUUUGAUAAAUUCACAAAAAUUACACGACCCUUACUGAUGGGACAUCAUGCAAUCGAAGAUAUACCUGAAGCAUUUCGUCUAUUAGACACUGAUAAUUCAGACACUAUUGAUAUUGGUGAAUUGGCUGUGUUUAUGCCUGCUAUUGUACCUAAUUCAAAUUCAUACAUGCUUCUUCGUUACUUUCAAGUUGCUGAUACAAACAAUGAUUAUAGACUCAAUUUAGAUGAAUUUACUGAAUUUAUAAAGAAAGGAAUCGUUCGUGAUCUUGUACUUGGACGUUGUUAA